GUUUUGUUCUUCCCAAACAUCAACUAUGCCUCUCGUCUUCUUUCCUUUCCCUAGAAUAUCCAUUUCAGCUGUUGCCCUCUUCUACCUUCUUACUUCUUCUUAUUUGUACGGAAAAGGAGACGACGCCGAGGGUGUUGCAUCAAGCGGUUUUGUCGGUUACGAGGAUCCACCCGAGAUUGUUGCCAAAGCAUUACUAUGCUUCAAUGAUAAAUAUAUAUACAGCGCGUGUGAAGAAUCGUAUAGAUUAAAGGCGAGUGGGAAUGUGGAGGUCCCACUGGAAAGAACAGAAGAAUACUGCAACGGGCCGUGUUUGGGUGAAACGCACUUAGUGCUUGAUUGCAUUGACGGCAUUUUUAGCAAUUUCUUGUUUUACAAUAAGGCCACGUUGCAAGAUGUUAGGGACACCAUCCACGCUGGAUGUGGCUAUGGCCCUCAAAGAGGAAACUUCGACGUGUUGGAGCACAUAAGAGCUGAAACAGGCAAAGCGUGGAGGGCUUCGAAUAAGACCGUUAUUGGAUUUAGCUUUAUUAUUUUGAGCCUUUUUAGCUUAUUCCUUUGAAAUUCCAUUAUUAUUAUAUAAUUAUCGAGAAAAGCUAUGUAUUUAAUUUCAUAAUUUAUCUUAUGUAACAAAUAGUGCGAGAUUUAGUGGAACUAAUCAUUAUUAUUAUCUU